CUUGAAUUACUAGGAGGUUCCCGGCUGAGGGAGAAGGACGGCGCUCGCGGAGCGGAGCUGAGGGGCGAGGGUUUGGGGGUGUCGCGGGCGUCUCCCGACACGGCCCCUCGGCGGGAAAGCCUUCCCCCGCCCGGCGCCCUCCACGCCUCAGGCGGGAAGAGGCCAUUGGCCGCCCGUGAGCUGUUGCCCGCAUCAAUACUGAAAUGGCAGGAAUCAGUUCACAAGCAAACAUAAAGGAAAAGAUCAAUGCAGUGCGGUCCAUUGUUCCUAACAAAAGCAAUAAUGAAAUAGUGCUUGUGCUACAGCAGUUUGAAAACAAUGUAGACAAAGCUGUACAAGCUUUUAUGGACGGUAGUGCACUUCAGGUUCUAAAGGAAUGGAACAUGACAGGGAAAAAGAAGAACAGCAAACGGAAAAGAAGCAAAUCUAAACAGCAUUACUACAGCAAAGAUACGAAAGAUAAAGAUGAUGAGGCAGAGAAGUUAUCUCUGGAAUCCCCAGAAUUGUGUGGCUGUCAUCUGAAUUGCUCUGACAAGGAAACGUUUCCCAGAAAAUCUACCAGUGAAAAAUCAAAAGUCGUUCCUCAAGACGAGACGAGCUUGGAACACAAAGAUAUGAGAGCGGAAAAACCAGAAAUCACAGGACAAAAGGCAGAACUCAAGAAAAUACCUCUAGAGGCCAAUCUGGAGUAUGUCAAUAGUAUGGAGCCCCCAGAUACAUCUGUACAGUCCUCUCAACCUCCGUGCAAUUCUGGCAGGCUGAAGUCAAAAACAUCCACUAUUAAGUCACCUUUAUCUGCAUCCCGUCCUGAAAUGAAACAAGAAGAUUCAUGCAAGAAAAGAGGUCCAAAUAUUGAAAAAUCAGUAAAAGAUCUCCAACGCUGCACUGUUUCACUAACAAGGUACCGGAUGAUGAUUAAGGAGGAAGUAGAUAAUUCAGUAAAGAAGAUCAAAGCUGCCUUUGCUGAAUUACACAGUUGUAUCAUCGACAGAGAAGUGGCUUUAAUGGCAGAAGUCGAUAAAGUUAAAGAAGAAGCCAUGGAAAUCUUAACUGCUCGUCAAAAAAAAGCUGAAGAAUUGAAGAGGCUAACAGAUUUGGCUAGUCAGAUGGCAGAGACACAGCUGGCUGAACUCAGGGCGGAAAUUAAGCACUUUGUAAGUGAACGGAAAUAUGAUGAAGAGCUGGGUAGAUCAGCCCGCUUCUCCUGUGACAUUGUGCAGCUGAAAACUCAGAUUCAACAGUGUGGAGAAAUUUCUCACCCAAAGAACAAUUAUUCCUCAAGAACACCAGCCAGCGCACUAUUACAGCCAGCUACUUUGCACACAGCAACCAGCAUUCAAAGCACAUCUGUCCGAAAAUCUGCUAGUCGUGCCAAGAUUCCUGAUACUAGAACUUCAGGGGCUAAAUUUUCUAGCCAAGUUGUUGCCAAUACCACAGAAUCUUCUGCUGAGAUAAUAUCAACAAAUAAACAGAAUGGAUCUUCCAGUCAGAGGAGGAGAUUUCACACAAACUAUUAUGCCGUUCGACUCAACGGAUCUCUUAAACCACAGAAUGCCAACUUUGAGACAGACCAGAACAAUGUCAAGGGUAAUUCCCGACAGGAAUACAGAAGACAGCACCAUAACAGUUUUAGGCCAAAAAAUAAAGGUGUUAUUAAAACCCAAGAUCAAUCUACACCAGCAAAAAGCAUGGAAAAUCUCACAUGCCUAGAAAAAACAGGUCGAAAACAUCCUAUGCCAGGUGCUACAGAGCCCACAGCCUUAUGCAGUAACAUUACAAGGGUUUCUCCAUGCAAUUUAUGUCCUCCAAGGAUAGAGUCCUCCACAGAUACACCUGUCCUUUCAAUGCCAGCUGUGACUUUGGUAGCAUGAGGAAUGGGAGAAUCUGGCAAACAUAAUGCAUUUUGGUUGUUGUGGAUUUUCCAGGCUGUAUAGCUGUGGUCUUGGCAUUGUAGUUC